GCACAUGUGUGGCAGAAUAGCAUUCAAAAAGUUGCAAAAGUUGUUUAUAAUAAAAAGUUUAUGAAGUGAUCUUAUUUUAAACACUUAUAUUAUUGUAAACGGAUUAUGUACUGAGCAAUUUAAUGUGCAGCUGUGGGAAAUAAAGUUUUCUCCAUUUAUAUUUUGAUAGGUCAAGAUGUUACGAAAGCCUUAACUGAUAGAAUACACGUGGCAGACAACCGAAGAAGAUGAAGCAACUAGUCAACAGAAACCUCAUAACGCUAAAAUGCGUGCUAUUCUGUUUUCUCUCAGGGGUGGGGUGCAUAUUCCCGUUUCUACCUUUGCACAUGCUGUCGAAGGGUUUGGAUAGAGGAGAAGCGCGUGUAAUUUCUGCAGUUGCUCCAUGUGUAGCUUUACUUGGUCCAGCGCUUCUGGGACCUCUCAUUGAUAAAUUAUCAGUCGGUCGAGGAUCAACUGGUGGCAGUAAUGGACCCAGCGGUUCUGGACGAUUGCUGCGCAUCAUCACAGCAUUAUGCCUCAUAUUGAGUGCCGUAUUUUAUUCAUUACUUCUAGUAGUGCCUUACACCGAGCGCCAUGAGGCCCGUCGACCUCGCGUUCUAUUCAUGUGCGAUUCAGAAGGAGCAUACGUUAUGCAAGAAGUUUGUACGGAAUCUAUGACUUGCAGUACCUGGGAGGGACCUAAGACGGGUGAUUUAGUGGUGGGUAUCUGCGAGUAUGGUUGCGCUGACGAUAAUAUGACAUGGAUGUUCAAGCCCUUCAGUACCACCACGACCUCCACUACGUCCAGCCUCAUGUACAAUAGUGUUGCUAAUGCUUCGACCCAAGCUCCAGUUGAAGAAGAAGAUCCGGAUAAUGAUAUUGUCUUUGAGCUUAAUCCACCGCACUUAUGUUAUAACGGAAGGUGCAAUGUCUACAUGCAGCAUAAUGGACGAAUGAAGCUUCCACUUUCCUUGGUUACUCCAGAGACAGUCGAAAAUUCUACAGAGCAAUCCGAUUGGUGUACAUAUUACACAGACGGGCCUUCCCACUGUAUAUUGCCAGAAAGUCGUUUAGAAAAAGUUAUGGAAAAUAACUACUGUCGGCCAGCAGUACGUUGUGAAGUUCUCGACCCUUAUGAUGUACCCAAUGGGGUAUUAGCCGACGCCGAAUGUCUAUUAGAAAUUGGCGAUCCUGCAGUUACGUUCACAACUUACUUUGUCAUCAGGGUAUUAGCAGACAUUUGGCCAACGGCAGCGCUAGCGUUGUUAGGUGCUGCGUGUGUCAUAGCUACACGAGAAACAUCCUUAGGUAGAGGCGACGUAGGAAGACAACUGGCUUUCGGAACUAUUGGCCUUGCUAUUUUCCCACCGCUAGCUGGAACAGCAGCACAGCAAUUGUUCGAGGAUCCCUACCUCGUACCGUUUGUUCUGCAUGCGGUAUUUAUGUUGAUUGGAGCCAUUAUUUUGUUGGUGGACAAGAAUAUGCCUUUAUCAACACCUGAAUGGUGGUGGCAUACUGCAACUGGCGUUCUAGCAAUGCCAAUGAAUACUGUACGACGAUAUGGCGCAGAAACCGCUGCCGUAUUCGCAGUCGUUGGUCUUCUGGGAGUUUUGUGGGGUGGAAUCGAUGCUUACUUGCCUUGGACGGUUCGAGACAUUAACGGUACGAUGACACAAGUUGGAUUAACAAUGACCGUAGGAGCUUUACCAGCCAUACCAGCGCUAUGGUGGGCGGAAGCCGUCGUGGAUUAUAUCGGCCAUUCCAAUGUUUUCAUUACUGCUUUUACUUUCUACUGCUUGCGAUAUACUGGCUUAGCUUACAGCGAGAACUACAAUUGGAUAGUGGUAUGCGAGGUUCUUGAAGUAUUCACGCUUAGUCUUGUCUGGGUGACAGCUAUGUUGUACUUCAGACAUCUUGUACCACGCAAAUUCACAGCUACAGGUCAAGCACUGCCAGUUAUAGCACACUUCUGUCUCGGACGCUGUAUUGGAGCAAUAAUCAGCGGUAUGGUCGGGAUAGAACCGUCUUUGGAGUCAGCGCGUAAUGUUUACCGCGCCUUAGGUGUCGUCGCCCUUCUGUCCGCUGCUAUCUACCUCGCUCUCUACCACUUGCUCCUGGCGCCACGUUGUGCUUCGCCUGUUCAACAUCCACCCAAUAAUUUGUUACAAGGACUCACCACGAACGGUGGAUCGAAUGGAUCUUAUUCACCAAUGAGAGUGUACCACGAAGAACGAUCAAGAAAAGGACAUUUCCGUUAUUGAAUUUCAGUCACAAAGUAACAAAUAAAAUUAUGUUGUUCUAUUUCUUUUAUCUUAGCUAAGUGAAUAUUUUUGAAAUUUUCAAUGUCAUUAAUUCGUAAGUUUUGAAUAAGUACAGAGAUGUGAUAUUAUAAGUGCUUCAUAAAUGUUUUAUUUGGAAGAAAAUUUAUAUUUAUUUCUUAUAAUUAGUUUUUAUUUAAGGACUAAGUAAGUUUAUACUGCCUUAUUGUUUGCAUUUGUAUAACAUAAAUCGAUUUUCAUUAAAACAGA